AUGCACGCGUGCUUCCAUGGCGGCGGCGGCAGCGGCAGGACCAGGACCAUCAGCAUCAUCAGGGACCUCACCAAGAACAUGAAGGCCAUGUCGCUCAAGGUGAAGCCGGGCGGCGGCGGGGGCAAGGCGCGGGCGCGACGGCGGCAACGGCAACGGGGGAGCGUGGCGGAGGCAGAGGAUGAUGAUCUGGAGAUGCAGGACAAGGACAUAACCGCAGCGGCAUCGACGUCAGCAUCCGCCAAGAUCGCGCCGGAGGAGGAGCGAGGAGGGAAGAGGCAGGUGCGAAACUGCGACAACUGCCGAUCUGCCCUGGCCGACGUCGCCGAGGAGGAUGAGGAGGACGACGUCGCCGAGGAGGGCACGGCGGCGGGGGCCACGGAUCGUGCAGCCGGAGAGGAGGGCAGCGACGGGGAGUGGGUGGCGGAGCCGGAGCCCGGGGUGCUGAUGACGCUGGUGUCGCGCCCCGACGGCACCAACCACCUCCGCAAGCUGCGAUUCCGGGAGGAGCUGUUCGACGGGCCGCGCGCGGCGCAGCGCUGGUGGGCCGACAACUACGACUGCAUCGUCGAGCUCUACAGCAUCGUGCAGUCCAGCGGAGGGUCGCCCGACGACGACGGUGGCGGCGCGGAGGACGUCGAAGACGACGAGCCCGCGACGCCGUGCCAAUCCGAGGACGACCACCACCAGCGGCGGCGGUGGCAGCGCCUGGGGUGCGGUUCGGCCUCCACCUCCGGUGGCCCGUCCAGCGGGAGCGGAAGCGGCAGCGGCGGUGGGUCGGCGGCCAGCACGGUGGGCUCGCCCAUACUGGGCCUCGUCGUCGCCACGCCCAACAGUGGCAAAAACAAAAGCCCUGGCCCACCAGAGCGAGUGCAAUCGCACAAACACAAAUGUCGUUCCUUGCACAUAAAUUAG